CAACCAUAAUCUUGACAGCCAGUCGGUUCAAAAAAAGAAAUACAAACAAGUAAGACAAGAUCGUAUUUUUCCAAGGUAACAGCCAGACACAGCUUUAUUAGUGCAUGCUCAGCCAAAACAGUCUUUGUCUAUUCGAGAAAUCCCCUUGCUUUGUAUCCAACGGUGUUCAGCUCAUGACACCCUGGUUUCUAACCUUCAUUUGUGUUGGUGCAGUUUACGCCUAAAAGCCUACGUUAAGCUGAGCAUGGUUGGAUAUGAAACAUCUUCUAUACAAAACAGUCCAUAUGACAGCGAGGUGCAGUCACAGAACGGAGUUAAUAGCUUGUCUCUCUCGGGCUAGUUAGCGCUCCGUCCGUGCGUCAGUGUCUUGGGGUUUUACCGAGUGGACCGUUUGGCUGGCGUACUUCAAGAAAAAUGACAAAAUAGAAAGCCCGAUAAAAACGACUAAAAAAACGUUAAAAAGCAGUCUGAGCCUAACCUCUGCUUGGAGAGUAAGUUCACCGUGAUGUCCCCAUGCCUUUUCAGAGACGCACCAGUGCCACCUUCAUGAUGACAAGCGUUCAAGAAGAAGCGGGAAAGCCACCAAGUUCUCCGACUACAGAGGCGUGGGCGGGAUCGAAGGACAAUCAGGGAUCUUUCAAACGUUUCCUGGCGAAGCCAGCAGUGGCGCUGUUUCUCCUGUUCUGGGCCCUCGUGUCGCAGACUAUGCUCUCUUCUGGUGCACCUGCCAUAGUUGGACCCGUCCUGGAGCAAAGGUGAACCAUGCGCUGAUUUGAGUUCCAACUCAGACUGGCAGAAUACCUAGCUUGAGUGCUAUCCUAGUUGAUUUAUCUUGGCCAUGGCAUACUCUCUCCUAAUCAACUUUGGCUAUAUAAAUAGUAUAUAUGGGAGUCCCGGUAAACUAAUCGAUGUAACUGGGCUGUUGAAAAAUUUGGAAUAUGUUUACUAUGCCAUUUGCACGUCGGAAAUAUUCGUCGUAUGAUCGUCGUACCAUAGCAAACUGAGGCCAGUCGUGCAUGCGUCGUAAAAAAAUUCAGCUGUCUUGUUUUGCUAUCAAAUAAGUUGUCUUAGAUCCUUGUCGAUGUUUAGUUCUGUAAAUCCAACGAUAUCUCAAUCGUACGACGACCUAAAGCGAAUUUAGCCGAGCCGUUAGUGUAAGCCAAGAUGGUCUGAAAAUUUUACAUUUGAAGUCCGAAUUUUCUUGUCUAUCCUGCGACAGGUUUGGCUUUACUACAACCCAGGUUGGCGCCCUAUUCGCCAGCAUUGUCGUUAUGACCGUCGUUGUCUACAUGCCUUUCACCGGCCUGGGACGACGACGCCGUCCAGUCUUUUCCGCCAUCGGCAUCUCCUCCAUUAUUGUCGGCUCCCUGCUGUACAUACUUCCCGAAUUCGUCGUGCCCUACGGUCGCUCUACACUACCGUCAUCUGCAGAGAGUUCACAGCUGUGCUGGAGCCCAGGAAACGCUUCUCAAACAUGUGAGGACGAACCCGCAGCCGGGGUGUGGACUGCCUUCUUCUUGCAAGCUGCCGGCAGGGCACUGAUGGGGCUUUCCAGUAUCUCGCUGUACAGCCUGGCAGUGGGGUACCUGGGGGAUGUAGCUGGUCCACAAAAGUCUUCAACAUAUCUUGGGAUCUACUUCAGCGCGACUGCCGUAGGACCCAUGCUCGGGAUUUUCUUGAGUGCAGAAUUCCUGAAGGUUCCGGCUGAUCUCGGGGCAGGAAGUGAGAUUUCCCCAACUGGUGCCGAUACUACCGGUGCGUGGUGGUUCACCAACGUGGCUGGAUCUGCCCUGGCCCUGAUUCUGAUGCCUCUGGUCGCGCUCCUUCCAGAGAAACGGACAGUUCUUCAAUCUCAAUCGCAAGAAACGAAGCAGCCGGGGUCUCAGUCGUUUCUACAAGGCCUGAAGACCAUAGUUACAGACCCGGUCAAGGCCGUGCUGCUUCUCGCAGGCGCCAUCGACUCUCUGCUUCCUGUGCUCAUUCUCAGCUACUCCUUCAAGUUUGUGGAGAUCGUCUUUCCUAAACUAGACUACGCCACCCACAUCAUAGGUAAAGGGUCUUAUGGAAUGUAA